AUGAACCGGGUCCAGCGGUGCUUCGAGUCUCUGGCCUCUGCUGGGUUCCUCCGCCACCACCUUACUGGUAGCCAACUGGAGCUGCUCUCCCACGGUCGCGCCUACGCCGAACAAUUGCAAAGGCAGUGGCUGAGCCUGCGUCCCUUGGCUGCCCACCUAAAAGGCAUCCCCCACACAAGUUCCACGUCGCCAACGACGCAGCGCUUUUCCUUUGCCCGCACCACGGAAUUUGGUUCGCUUAUGCAGCAACUUCUCGAAGAGCAUCCCCGCAAAGCCAAAUGCCCAACGGUCGUCAAGCAUCAAAGCAGCUCCAGUUCCGCCUGCCUCCGCGGUAAUCCGCUCUUCAGUGUUACGUCGCCCGCCUCUAUUCUGACAACUGACUUCCUGGUGGAGCCAGACCGCGCUCUGGAGCACUUCUACAACUUGCAACGCGAGAGCAAGAUCUGGUGGAUGCGCCUCUCCUCGAAUCCUAGUCGCAUCCGCAUCGUACCCUGCGAUUUGCCGGAGGAGCUCGACCCGCCAAGCUAUCAAGCCAUCGAUCUCAGAUCACAGGCCGGAGAAGUGACCGUGGAACAGCUGAGCAUGGUGAGACUUGGAGGGGAUGAGGGCUCCCUUCGAUUGCCGGACGGACGGACAGGAGAAUCUGUGCAACCCACUGUCAUACGAUCCGUCAUCGAGCUGGAGACGGCCACUUGCGCACUUCUCCUGGACGGCUGCGACCAUGGUCGAGACGCGCAAUCCCUGCUGCUCAACUGCGCUCUGGCACCGUAUCAAUGCGGAAUCGCCUGUCUGCUGGAAAGUUCGAGGCUCUUGGGUGACUUGGACGACCUCUGCCUGCACCUGAAGCACGUCCUCAUCCACGCUGGCCUGCGACUCUGCCAAGGCAGAGGAUUUUUCACGGCCAAAGAUAAUCGGCAUCUGGCGGAACACUUUGCGGAAUCGGAUAUGCUUGGCGUGCCCUAUACCUUGGUGGUAAGCGAGCAGACACUGGAAAACGGCCUGAUGAAGCUGCGGAGCAGGGACACCAGACUGUCGGAGACUAUACACAUCAGUGAUGUACCGGACUAUUUAUUAAAUAUAUUUAAGAACUGA